UCCAUGCCUAUGAACAGGGCAAAUCUGUCGAGUGUCUCCGAGUUCCUCCUCCUGGGGCUCUCGUGGCAGCCCCAGCAGCAGCAGCUCCUCUUCAUGCUCUUCCUGAGCAUGUACCUGACCACGGUCCUGGGAAACCUGCUCAUCAUCCUGGCCAUCAGCACAGACUCCUGCCUGCACACCCCCAUGUACUUCUUCCUCAGCAACCUGUCCGUCGUGGAUGUCUGCUUCUCCUCCACCACCAUCCCCAAGAUGCUGGUCAACCACAUCCUUGGGAGUCAGUCUAUCUCUUUCCCUGGGUGCCUUACCCAAUUGUAUUUUCUUUUCAUGUUUGCCGACAUGGACAAUUUCCUCCUGGCUGUGAUGGCCUAUGAUCGCUUUGUUGCCGUGUGCCACCCCUUACACUACACAACAAAGAUGACCCCUCAGCUCUGUGCCCUGAUGGUCAUUGGAUCAUGGGUUGCUGCCAACCUGAAUGUCCUAUUGCAUACCCUACUGAUGGCUCGGCUGUCAUUCUGUGCAGACAACCGGAUCCCCCACUUCUUCUGUGACGUGGCUGCUCUUCUGAAACUCUCCUGCUCUGACACAUAUCUCAAUGAAAUGGUGAUUCUGUUUGAGGGGGGCUUGAUAAUGACGAUACCAUUGGUUUGCAUCUUGGUGUCCUAUGUUUGCAUCACCUCUGCUGUCCUGAGAGUCCCAUCUGCAAAGGGAAAGUGGAAAGCCUUCUCCACCUGUGGCUCCCACCUGGCUGUGGUUUCCCUCUUCUAUGGCACCAUCAUUGCUGUGUAUUUCAGCCCAUCAUCCUCCCACUCAGCUAAGUCAGACACAGCAGCUACUGUGAUGUACACGGUGGUGACCCCCAUGCUGAACCCUUUCAUCUACAGCCUCAGGAACAAGGACCUGAAAGGGGCUCUAAGAAAAGUGAUUGGGAGAAAGAGGAUUUCUACCCAAUGA